UCGCCUCGCACGUGGAGAUACCGCGUAUUCACGAGCUUCCACGGACCUGACGUCCGUAAAACCUUCCUCACUCAUCUACGCAAACAGUUUAACAACAAUGGGAUUUCGAUGUUCGAUGAUCAAAGAAUCGAGAGAGGCCACACCAUCGCUCCUGCUCUCACACAAGCGAUUAAAGAAUCAAGAAUCUCUAUCGUUGUGUUCACGAAGCACUAUGCUUCUUCCAGGUGGUGUUUGGAUGAGCUUUUGGGAAUUCUGAAAUGCAAGGAAGAGAUGGGACAGAUAGUGAUGACGAUCUUCUACGGAGUAGAUCCUUCUGAUGUUCGGAAACAAACAGGAGAUUUUGGUAAAGUUUUCAAGAAAACAUGUCGUGGUAAAACAGAGGAGGAGAAGCAAAGAUGGAGUCAAGCGUUGACCAAUGUGGGAAACAUAGCUGGGGAACACUUCCUAAACUGGGACAAAGAGUCUGAGAUGAUUGAAAAGAUUGCUAGAGAUGUUUCAAACAAACUAAAUGCUACAGUCUCUGGGGAUUUUGAAGAUAUGGUUGGUAUUGAAGCACAUUUGGAUAAGAUGCAGUCUUUGUUACAUUUAGAUGAGGAUGAUGGAGCGAUGAUUGUUGGAAUCUGUGGCCCUGCUGGCAUUGGUAAGUCUACCAUUGCCAGAGCUUUACAUAGCCGACUCUCUAGCAAUUUCCAGCUUUGUUGUUUUAUGGAGAAUAUUAGGGGAAGCUGUAACAGUGGUCUUGACGAGUAUGGAUUGAAACUACGUUUACAAGAGCAUCUUCUUUCAAAGAUUCUAAACCAAAACGGUGUGAAACUAUUUCAUUUAGGUGCGAUACAGGAAAGGUUAUGCGACUUAAAAGUGCUUAUUAUUCUUGAUGAUGUGGAUGAUCUAAAGCAACUAGAGGCUUUGGCUGAUGAGACUAACUGGUUUGGUCCUGGAAGCAGGAUUGUGGUGACCACGGAAGAUCAAGAGGUUUUGGAGCAACAUGAUAUCAACAAUACAUACAUUGUGGAUUUUCCAUCUAAAGUAGAUGCUCGUCAGAUCUUCUGUAGGUCUGCUUUUAGACAGAACUCUGCACCCCAAGGUUUUGAAAAACUUGUGGAAAGAGUAGUAAAUCUUUGCAGCAACCUUCCUUUGGGACUCCGCGUCAUGGGUUCAUCUUUACGCAGAAAGAAAGUAGAUGACUGGGAAGGUAUAUUGCAGAGGCUAGAGAAUAGCCUUGAUCAAAAGAUCGAUGGAGUACUUAGAAUGGGAUAUGACAGUUUACAUAAAGAUGAUCAGUUUCUGUUUCUCCUCAUUGCAUGCUUCUUCAACUACCAAGACGAUGAUCGUGUGAAAGCAAUGCUCGUUGAUAGUAACUUGGAUGUUAGACUAGGUUUGAAAACCCUCGUGUACAAAUCUCUCAUACAAAUAUCUGCAGAAGGAACUAUAGUGAUGCACAAGCUAUUACAACAAGUAGGUAGAGAAGCGGUUCAUUUACAAGAGCCUAGGAAACGCCAAAUCUUAAUUGAUGCUCACCAGAUUCGGGAUGUCCUCGAAACUGAUUCUGAUAAUAGUACAAGUGUGAUGGGUAUAUCGUUUGAUACAUCCACAAUCCCAAACGGCGUUUAUAUAAGCGCACAAGCUUUUAAAAGAAUGCGUGAUCUUCGGUUUCUCAGCAUCUACGAGACAAGACGUGAUCCAAAUGUUAGAGUGCAUUUACCUGAGGACAUGACUUUUCCACCUCUUCUAAGGUUAUUACAUUGGGAGGUAUAUCCAGGAAAGUAUCUUCCUCAUACACUUAGACCAGAACACCUAGUGGAACUCAAUUUUGUAGAUAGCAAGCUUGAGAAGCUUUGGCAAGGGAUCCAGCCUCUUACAAAUCUCAAGAAGAUGGAUUUGUCCGGGUCUCUGAGUUUGAAGGAAGUCCCUGAUCUUUCAAAUGCCACAAGUCUCAAGAGAUUGGAUCUAACAGGCUGCUGGAGUUUGGUAGAGAUCCCUUCCUCUAUUGGAGAUCUUCUCAGACUAGAGGAGCUGGAGAUGAAUCUAUGUAUAAGUCUACAAGUUGUUCCAACUAACCUCAACUUGCCAUCUCUUGAAUCACUCAGGAUGUUCGGAUGCUGGCAACUGAGAAAAAUCCCAGAUGUUUCAACCAACAUCAAAUCAUUUGUAAUCGGAGACACAAUGUUACAAGAGUUUCCAGAAUCAAUUAGCCUUUGGUCUCACCUUCAGAGUCUCACUAUAUAUGGCAGUCUCCUUACAGUGCCACUUUUAAUAAUCACGUCGCAAGACAUCUCCCUCGCUACAGUUGAGAGAAUUCCAGAUUGGAUCAAAGAUUUUCAUGGGCUAAAGUUUCUUUAUAUAGCUGGCUGCUCAAAACUUGCAUCACUUCCAGAGCUCCCUCGCUCACUCAGAAAACUAACAGUAGACAAUUGCGAAUCACUGGAGACGGUAAGUUUUCCUUUUGGCACUCCAAGAACUGAGUUUCUCUACUUCCCAAACUGCUUCAAGUUGUGCUCAGAAGCAAAGAGAGUGAUUACACAGAAAUCAUUUAGAGCUUACUUUCCAGGGAAAGAGAUGCCUGCUGAGUUUCAUGAUCAUCGAUCAUUUGGAAGUUCCUUGACCAUCCGUCCGGUUAUCUGCAAUUUUAGGAUUUGCUUGGUGCUUUCUCCUAAACCAGAUAUGGAAGAAGCUUAUUUCGAAUUAAUGUUUCGCAUACGUGCAAAAGGUUGUCCCAGUGAUGAAGACAUGAUUUGGUUAGAUCUCCCUAAAAUCAGAGGGGAACAUAUUUUUAUAUUUCACGCUGAGUUUGUUGAAAAUCAGGAGGAGAUGUUGUUCAGAUUCAGUACCUCAUCCCAUGAAGUUGACGUUACUGAAUGCGGUGUACAGGUCUUGACAGAUGAAACCAGCAGAAGGAGCGUAAGGAGCGAUGAAUCUUUGUUCUGAACAAGUGUCUAAAGAUGGCGAUGACAUUCUCUCUCGUGAUAAGAGGAACCAGAGUAAAGAUCUUUAAGGGUUAUACUAUGUUUCUUUCUUUAGCUUUUAGUAUCCUUUUGAGCUUGAUUUCAUGUGUUCUUGUCUAUAGCUUUCUAAAGAAUCAUUGACACUUGAGUAUGUGAAUUUCUUUUCGUAUUGAACUUUCUAUCUACUCAUUAGUUAGUGCUCACUAGUACUAUUGACUCGGUUUUUCACCUGUUUGAAAUUUUUUCCAUUAUGAAUACAGCUGCAUGCAAGAUGAUGACAUGGCCAUUGUUUGGAGAAUGCUCUUGUUGUCUCGGGUUUCUUAGUGUAAUUGAAAAUUUAAUCCUCUUGGUGGUUUGAAAUUUGGAGACCAAGUCUGUGUUAGAUCAUAGGGUCGUAACAAAAGGAUAUAAUAUUAGUGGACUCUCACUGUUGUUUAUCUUGUCGAUCUUACCCUGACCAUAUAUUUAGUUAUCAGCUGAUUAGAGCAGCG